AUGGGCGCCGGGGACGACGGCCCGGAUACGUGCAAUGGAGGCGGCGAGCCGUCGAGCUCGAGUUCCGACGCGGGCCAGGUGCCGAUGGAGUUGGCGGAGCUUGCGCGCAAAUACCAGUACCACAUCUCGGACAAGCGAUCCCUGCAAAAGGAGGUGGUCGGCAUCAAGAAUGAGAUCCGCAAGGAAAUCAAAAAGCAGAUGAAGAUGAAGCAGGGCAUCAAGCAAAUGCAGAAAGUCAGCCGAAGCAAAAUGCAGGACAACCUGAAAAAGGAGCUGCGGGACAUUCACGACUACAUCAGCGAGCUGCAAGAAGAUGUAUUACUGCUCGACAUCUACGACACCGGAGCUUUUGAUGCAAACGACUCGGGCAGCGAAGAGCUCCAAGAACAACCCAGCGAGAACAAGUCGACCGCCUAUCGCCUCGCACAACUACAGAAAGACCUCGAAAAGGAGCUGAGCGUCAAGGAUGGCGUUGAACGGUUUCUGGCGCACGUCUCCACGUUGCCCCCCAAUCGCUCGCAGGUCGACAACAUCAACACGUCAAGAGAUAUGCUCGAGGGAUCCAGGGCAAAGAUAGCCUUCCUGCGCAUGGAGAUUGAAAAGGCGAUGAAGGCGUCGAAUGAAGAAGAUGUCCGGCCCGAGAACGAGGUGAAAAUCGAGGAUCUCCUCUACCGGAUGCGAAAAGAAGUCGCCAUGGCCGAUGGAGCGCGAAAUAUCCUGAAAGUGAUGAAGGCGCAGAAGAAAGCAGAUGGCAAGGGCAUCAAUGAUGCAUCUCAAAAUCUGCUGCUCUCUGAGGAAAAGCUCGACCUCAUCUUUGACGUCAAAAACAUCCCCAACCGGUCCGAUGAAGUGUUUGUCGUGUUUCGCGUCGACAACAAGCUCGUCUUUCAAUCGGAAGCCCGGGCACCAAAUCCGCAAGCCUUCGAUCAGCGAUUUGCCUUCAAUAUGGAUCGGAGUCGCGAGCUCGAAGUCGAGGUCUUCUACAAGGACCACCGCUCGAUGUGCGCCUUUUCCGUCAUGCAACUCGGCCACAUCAUCGAGUCGAACGAGAAGAAGGCCGGCAUGGUCAUCGACUUGGAGCCCCAGGGCCAGCUGUUCGUUGAGUUCAAAUACUACAACCCGGUGGAGAGCCGAAAGCCGAGGUUGGAGCGGCAAAAGCGACUGUUCCGCGUCAAAGGCCAUUCAGACGCCAAGGAAUCGUCGGCCGGCGUGAAGAAGGAGAUUGGCAUCAACGCGUGGUCACGGUUGUUGACGAGACAAACCGCUCGCGCCGAAGAGCCGGUAAUCGGGGUUGGCCAUGGACUGGAGAAGCGGCCCGAAUCGUCAUCGCCCAAGCAGGGCAAACCGGCAUUCCGCACGCAGCAAAGUCCCCUCGAAGCGCGCCGUCCGUCGAUGCCCUCAAUUUCGCACACGUCGGUGCAUCAAUCGCUGGACCUGGAUUCGCACAGCCAUCCGCUGUCCGCCCAAAUCUCGGCCCCGAUCGCACCGGUGCCGCUGCCAAGAGCUGCGCUCUCCCGCCCACCCUCAACCGUCGCCCCUCCGCCACCAACAUCGCAGGCCCAUUCCGCAGUCCAGAUCACCAGCUUCCAGCUCAUCUCGGUGCUUGGGCGGGGGCACUUUGGAAAGGUCAUUCUCGCCAAGUACGUCCCCUCCAAGGAGUACUACGCCAUCAAGGCGUUGAAGAAGGGCGACAUCCUCGCCCGCGAUGAGGUCGAGUCGCUGAUGGUCGAGAAGCGGAUAUUGGAGAUGGCCACUCGCGCGCACCAUCCAUUCCUCGUCAACCUGUUUGCAUGCAUCCAAAGCGGCGAGCACGUCUUCUUCGUCAUGGAGUAUUCGAUGGGAGGAGACCUGAUGCGCCACAUCCACGACGAUAUCUUCACCGAAGAACGCGCGGCAUUCUACGCGGCCUGUGUGCUGCUCGGCCUCGAGUUCUUGCACCAGAACAACAUCAUAUAUCGCGAUUUGAAGCUCGACAACCUGCUGCUCGACCGCGAGGGCUACGUGAAGCUGGCCGAUUUCGGGCUGUGCAAGGAGGGAAUGGGCCCGUUGGACAAGACGUCGACGUUCUGCGGGACGCCCGAAUUUUUGGCUCCCGAAGUACUCACCGAGUCCUCCUACACGCGUUCCAUCGACUGGUGGGGCCUGGGUGUGCUGAUCUUCGAGAUGUUGGUCGGAGAGCCGCCAUUUUCGGGUGAUGACGAAGAAGAAAUCUUCGACUCGAUCGUCUCCGACGACGUCCGGUACCCGAGGUUCCUGACGAUCGAGAGCAUCUCAAUAAUGCGAAGGUUGCUCCGGAAAAACCCGGAACGCCGCCUCGGCUACGGUACCCCGGAUGCUACGGAGGUCAAAUGCCAGCGCUUCUUCCGGCACCUCAACUGGGAAUGGGAUGCGCUGCUGGCCAAGCGGAUUCGCCCGCGCUUCACGCCUUCGAUUAAAAACCCCGAGGACGUCUCCAACUUUGACGACGAGUUCACCUCCGAGAAGCCGCGCUUCUCCUCGGCCAAAGAUCGGCGCCCCAUCACCGAAGCCGACCAGAAUCUGUUCAACUCUUUCGACUUUGUCUCCCAUCUC